AUGCCCGUUGAAGUAAAAGCAAUACCCUUAUCGGUUCAAGAAUUCAGGAGCUACGGCUCCAUCAUUUCCCCUGAUGAAGAAAUUGGGUCAAGUGGCACUCACCAAGAAGUGAGUGCGAACCAAGGAACCGCGAUAAAGUUUCUUCAAGUGUCUAAGAUUGAAAACAGUUCAGUUAACCAACUACCAAAUUGGAACCUUUUUAGAUGUUUUCCAGCUCCACAUUUGAAGAAACACUUUGCAGUUAAUAGCAAGACUUUGAAUACUACACAGCACUCCAUUUUGGUAUUAGAAAACCACCCUCAGAGUUCUCAAACUUUUAUACCUAUGGGACGCUCAAGUGAUGAACUCGCUUAUUUAGUGGUCGUUGCUUUACCUGAUUCACAAGAUCCAAGACAACCUGAUUUGACUACUUUAAGGGCAUUUAAAUGUCUCGGGAACCAAGCUAUUACCUAUGGACAAGGUAUUUGGCAUGCGCCUAUGAUUGCGCUAGGAGAACAGAAGCACCUUGACUUUGCCGUUCUCAUAUUCGAGACCUUAGAUGAAGAUAAGCCAGAAUUAGACUGCCAAGAAGUUUAUUACCAACAAGGGGAUAUAAGUGUAUGCAUUUAA